GUCGGCAGCUGCUUGUAGGCCAGCUAAGCCUACGAUAACAAACGGCGCUUCGAGUUGGCGUCUCAGUUUUUUGGUUCUGUUGCCCAGGGCUGACGACGCCUCGGCUCGGUUACAUUAAAGCUCGUCUGAAUGUGUAUAUAAAGGAGCAGUUGUAGCUCUUAAUGCAACCCUCCCUCCUCACUCGGAACCACCAUGUCCGACGCGGCUAACGUUACUUCUACAGACAACAACGGAGACUCGGGGCUUAACGGGUCCUGGGUGGAGUUGGAGAUGAACAGAACCCAUCAGGCCCAGUCGUCCUCGCCGGCCGGGCCGGCGCCGGGCCUGCUGCCCCUUCCUCAGGUGGAGGAAGAGGAGGCCAUGGUGGGGGGGCUGGAGCACGUCCCGUCGUCCUCCUCCAUCCACAACGGAGACAUGGAGAAGAUCCUGCUGGACGCCCAGCACGAGUCGAGCCGCAGCAACUCGUCCUGCGACAGCCCGCCGCGGCCCCACUCUCCCCAGGACGAGGGACAGAUCAUCUUCGACGUGGACACGACCGGCAGAAGAGACAGCCAGUCUGAGGAGGACGCCCUGGACAAGGAGAGGGACAUGGACAUCCUGAUGAAGGACGCAGACUGGGUCGCCGACUGGUCCAGUCGACCGGAAAACAUUCCCCCCAAGGAGUUUCAUUUCCGCCACCCUCGUCGCUCGGUGAUGCUCAGCAUGAGGAAGACCAGCGCCAUGAAGAAGGGCGGGAUCUUCUCUGCCGAGUUCCUCAAAGUCUUCAUCCCCUCGUUGCUGCUAUCGCACAUCCUCGCUCUGGGCCUGGGUGUUUACAUCGGGAAGAGGCUGACCACGCCGCCGGCCAGCUCCUUCUGAACCCAAACUGAAGAAAAGUGCCUGAAGAGAAGUUGCCACGACCCGUUUCUGGAGGAUUUGUGCUGUUGUGAGAAGAUUGCCCGUCUCAUCCCUCUUCCUCUCCUGCCUGCCUCCUCUUCCUCCUGCUUCUUUUUAACCCCUCCUGCUGUUUUCCUCUAACCAUCUGCAGCUUUCUGAGGUCGUAUUUUCCCCUCUAGAAGUUUCUAAGCGGAUUGUUGCAGCGUUGAAAACAGAGACUGACCAGAGAUUGUGCCACCUGCGUGACGUAGCCCAGCUCUCGAUCACGACCAAAUUCAGGCCCAAACGCAGCCUGGAAAUGUGAUCGCGCCUUUUUUCUUUUUCUGAAAGUGGCCAUUUUUUUUCUUCUUCUUCUGCUAAUUGUGUCUACUUUAUUUAUUUUGCAAACAGUAGUUGUCUACAGAGACAGCAGCCAACUCAAACCUUCAUUCUGACCAGUUUUGAGAGAAAAAGACACUUUGACACUAACUGGGAACCAGUUUGGGUUGCACACACUGGAAAAAAACUAAGUAUUACCAAGUAGUUUUGGUGUAGUUUAUAGUGGAAAUAUUUAGGUAUGCUUAAAAUAAGACAAAACAAACUCACAAAUAACUUUUUAUCAAUAUAUUGGAGCUUGUUUUAAGUCAAUAAUUCUUU